GCGGCGCGGCCACCCCACGUUCCCACCCAUCCCCCCUCCGAAAAGCACAACGCCACAACCCGCUCACUCGCAAAGUCGCAACGCGCCCCACGAGGCCACGACGCACGAGCGCGCGCUCCGGGCGUUCGGGAACUCGAACGCGCCGGUGGGAGAGGAGAACCGCACCGCGGCGCAGACAUGGGCGAGUACUGCCCCUCCCCGCAGGGGGACUCCGCGCUGGCGGCGCCGCCCUUGACGCUCCCCUCCUCGUCCCCAGCGACGGCGGUUAGGCCAAGCUACGGGAGCUGCGACCGCAGCUACGUGAAGCAGGUCUUCGACAACCUCCACGGCAGCAUCUCCGUAGACCCGUUGGCCCUGCAAUUUGUUGAUACAGAGGAGUUUCAGAGGUUGCGGGAUUUGAAACAGCUUGGUCUUACAUACCUCGUCUAUCCUGGAGCGGUUCACACACGCUUUGAACACUCAUUAGGUGUCUAUUCGUUGGCUGGAAAGGCAAUAAAUAAUCUUAAAACAUAUCAGGGAGUAGAGCUUGGAAUUGAUCCUGUCGACAUGCAGACUGUAAAACUUGCAGGUCUCUUGCAUGAUAUUGGACAUGGACCCUUCAGUCAUUUGUUUGAGCAUGAGUUUCUUCCUCGAGUUGAUCCUGGCUCAUCCUGGUCCCAUGAAAAGAUGUCAGUGCUCCUUUUGGACAGUAUUGUUGACAAACAUGCAAUAGAUAUUGAAAAUGAUUACCUCAAAAUGGUCAAGGACAUGAUAACUGCCAGCUCUGAUCCUGCCAGCACAACAAGUGCAAAGGAGAAACAUUUUCUUUAUGACAUUGUCGCUAAUGGUCGCAAUGGUAUAGAUGUUGACAAGUUUGACUACAUUGGCCGUGACUGCAGAGCAUGUGGUCUUGGAUGUAAUUUUCAGUAUUGGAGGUUGAUGGAAGGCAUGCGAGUGAUGGGUGAUGAAAUUUGCUACCCUGCCAAAGAUUACUUGAGCAUCCAUAAAUUGUUUUCAACACGUGCUGAUCUGCACCGAACAGUCUACACCCAUGCCAAAGUGAAGGCUGUUGAACUCAUGCUCGUGGAUGCCCUUGUUGAGGCUAAUGAUUACUUGGGGAUAUCAUUGCAUGCACAUGAUCCAGAAGAUUUUUGGAAGUUGGAUGACACAAUCAUUAAAACAAUUGAGACUGCUCCUAACAAUGAACUGAAGAAAGCAAAAGAAAUCAUUCAACGUAUUCGCCGAAGAGAACUCUACAAGUUUUGCAACCAGUAUUCUGUUCCAAAGGACAAGCUGGAGCAUUUCAAAAAUAUUACUGCACAGGACAUAGUUUGUUCACAGAAAUCUUCUGAGGUGCUGCUGAAGGAAGAGGAUGUUGCAGUAUGCAAUGUUAAGAUAGAUCUUACUCGUGGAAAAUAUAACCCCCUCGAAAGCAUCAAGUUCUUUAUGGAUUUUGGUUGCGAUGAGAAGUUCCCGAUCAUAGAUGAUAGAGUCAGCCACUUGCUACCUGCGUACAAUGAGGAUAGAAUUGUGAGGGUCUAUGCCAAGAACCCUGAGUUGGUUGAUGUGGUGUCAGAAGCCUUCGAGAAUCUCCAAAUGAGAAUGUAUGGUGAGAAGACUCAAGUGCACGAGACGCCCAAGAAAAAGAAGAUUAGGUCCAACUAGCCGGUUGUAUGUUGUCAAAUCAGUCUUUAAAUAGCAAUACAAUUACGUCACAUGAAAAUAGCUUGACAAACAAGAAGCUGUAUAGAUAAAGCAUCCCAGAAUAAACAGGUUUUAGAUGGUAGUCUCCACUGGUAAGGUAUAGAUAUUUAGUGUACAUCUGAAGUACAAACAACACUGCAUGAAGUAUAAAAACUCACGUUGACGUACGUGGUGCGAUGUUGCAUGUGCGUAUAGAUUGGAUAGUUUGCCAAAUACAUUUUUUAUGGCGAGGCUGGACUUUUAAACACUUAAUACACAUGUAUCGCCUUUUUAAGC